UGGGCGUACUCACAUAAACCUACUGGCACAGGUAGGGUGCAGGAUAACACGGAAACAUCUUUCAAAAGUGACAGUGACAGGGUUCUUUGUUCAUCGCGACCACAGCACGUGUCAGUAUUUACGAGGGGGAAGCAGAUCCAAGCACAGACCCUCUAUUCAGUCCUGCUUUCAUUGUACGGCAAUGGAUGAGGAAAUCAAGAGUUCCAGUAACCAAGAAGUGAACAGCUUUUUUGGAUUUGGGAAAAAGGACAAGGACAAGGAAAAGGACAAGGGCAAAGAGCAUAAAAAGAGCGACUGCAAAGACAAGAGCAAGGAUGGAAAAGACAAGAAAGAAAAGCAUGGGAAAAAGAAGGAGGGUAAAGACAAGAAGAAAAAGGAUGAUGGGAGUGGGAGUGGGUCUUCCUCAGGCUCUUCGUCCGACUCUGAUUAAGACUGAAAGG